AUGAACAUUUCGAAUAUCGUUAUAAAACUCACAGAAAGUGCUGUCAAUGGCACAAAUUUAGCAAUCAAUACUCAUCUGAUUAGGGUUUCCACACACCAGGCUCUCCAAUAUAGCAAGAAAAUAGAAGGAUUAGGUCUCGUCUCCGAACAUCCAUCCCGCCAGCACACAACCGCCAAAAUGGGUCGCGUUAGAACCAAGACAGUCAAGAGGUCCGCCAAGGUCAUCAUCGAGCGCUACUACCCCAAGUUGACGCUCGACUUUGAGACCAACAAGCGUCUUUGCGAUGAGAUCGCUAUCAUUGCCUCCAAGCGCCUUCGCAACAAGAUUGCUGGUUACACCACCCACCUUAUGAAGCGUAUCCAGCGUGGCCCUGUCCGCGGUAUCUCUUUCAAGCUGCAGGAGGAGGAGCGUGAGCGCAAGGAUCAGUACGUUCCUGAGGUUUCCGCUCUGGAUGUUUCCCAGACCGAGUCCGGCCAGCUCGAUGUCGAUGCCGACACCAAGGACCUUCUCAAGUCCAUGGGCGUAAGUUCUGUUCUCAACGCGGUUGUUCGUGGUUUUAAAGCAUUCGACAAUCUCAAGGUCAACGUUGUCAACGUCUCCCAACAUCAGGUUCAGGAGCGCCCCCGCCGCUUCCGGUAG